CCGGGAGGGACCUGGACAGGAGGAUCCGCUGGGCGCCGGCGAGGCCCGGAGGCGAGGGCGCGGCGGAGCGAGGCGAUGGCGCGGAGCCCAGGAGGCCGGUGCGCCCUGCUGCUGUUGGCAUUGGUUUGCUUGGAUGUUGGAAAUGGACUUUACUUAGAGGUCUUCAACGCGAGAAGUGAAGACAGACUGCUCCCUAAGCCGCCUCACUUGGUGCGCAGGAAGCGAGCCUGGAUCACCGCCCCUGUGGCUCUGAGGGAGGGAGAAGACCUUUCCAGAAAGAACCCAAUUGCCAAGAUACAUUCUGACCUUGCUGAAGAAAAAGGAAUAAAGAUCACCUACAAGUACACCGGGAAGGGAAUUACACAACCACCUUUUGGCAUAUUUGUGUUUGAUAGAGACACGGGAGACCUGAACAUUACCAGAAUUCUUGAUCGGGAAGAAACACCGUUUUUCCUGCUGACGGGCUACGCGUUGGACUCCAGAGGAAACAACCUGGAGAAGCCCUUAGAACUGCGCAUCAGAGUUCUUGACAUCAAUGACAACGAGCCAGUGUUCACGCAAGAUGUCUUUGUUGGGUCCAUCGAAGAACUGAGCGCGGCACAUACGCUUGUGAUGAAAGUCAGCGCAACGGAUGCAGAUGAGCCUAAUACGCUGAAUUCCAAAAUCUCCUACAGAAUUGUCUCUCAGGAGCCUGCAAACACUCCUGUGUUCUACCUAAAUAAAGACACGGGGGAGAUUUAUACAACCAGUUUUACUCUGGACAGAGAGGAAUACAGCAGCUAUUCCCUGACCGUGGAAGCAAAGGAUGCUGAAGGGCAGAUAACGGAUAAACCAGUACAGCAAGCUCAAGUUCAGAUUCGCAUUUUGGACGUCAAUGACAAUAUACCUGUAGUGGAAAAUAAAAUGUACGAGGGGGUGGUGGAAGAAAACCAAGUCAAUGUAGAAGUCAUGCGUAUCAAGGUGACCGAUGCAGAUGAGAUAGGCUCCGACAACUGGUUGGCAAACUUCACGUUCGCAUCAGGAAAUGAAGGGGGUUAUUUCCACAUUGAGACUGACACGCAGACCAAUGAAGGGAUUGUGACCCUUGUCAAGGAAGUCGACUAUGAAAAAAUGAAGAACCUGAACUUCAGCAUUCUUGUCACUAAUAAAGCAGCUUUCCACAAGUCUAUAAGGAACAAGUACAAGCCCACACCCAUUCCCAUCACUGUCAAGGUCAAGAACGUGGUUGAAGGCAUUCAUUUUAAGAGCAGCACCAUCUCCGUCCGAGCUAGUGAGGCAAUGGAUAGAUCUAGCCUCAGCCGCUCGAUUGGAAAAUUUCAAGUUUUUGAUGAAGACACUGGAAAAGCAGCUAAAGUAAAAUAUGUGAAAAUGGAAGAUAUAGACAACUGGGUCUCUGUGGAUUCUGUUACUUCAGAAAUUAAGCUUUUGAAGAUUCCUGACUUUGAGUCUAGAUACGUCCAAAAUGGCACCUACACUGUAAAGGUUGUGGCUAUAUCCGAUGAUCAUCCCCAAAAAACCAUCACUGGCACUGUCGUUAUCACUGUUGAAGACAUCAAUGACAACUGCCCCACACUGGUGGACCCAGUACAGAGUGUCUGUGAGGAUGCACCGUACGUGAAUGUCACUGCACAGGAUUUGGAUGGACCCCAGAACAGUGGGCCAUUCAGCUUCUCCAUCAUUGACCAGCCCCCUGGAACAGCACAAAAGUGGAAAAUAACACACCAAGAGAGUACUAGUGUGCUGCUGCAGCAAAGUGAGCGAAAGCUCGGGAGAAGUGAGGUUCCCCUCCUGAUUUCCGACAGCCAGGGCUUCAGCUGCCCGGAGAGGCAGGUCCUCCAGCUCACCGUGUGCGAGUGUCUGAGGGGCGGUGGCUGUGCAGCAGCCCUGUACGACAACUACGUUGGCCUGGGACCCGCCGCCAUCGCUCUCAUGAUUCUGGCCCUCCUGCUCUUGCUCCUUGUACCACUCUUGCUGCUGAUAUGCCACUGCGGAGAGGGCGCCAAAGGCUUCGCCCCCAUUCCUGGCACCAUAGAGAUGCUGCACCCUUGGAAUAAUGAAGGGGCACCACCUGAGGACAAGGUGGUGCCGUCGCUUCUGGUGGCAGAUCACGCAGAGAAUUCAGCCCUGAGAAACGGAGUGGGAGGUGCGAUGCUCAAGGAAGGCGUGGCGAAAGGCAGUAGCUCGGCUUCCUUUUCCAAAGCGCAGCACGAGCUGACUGAGGUUGACGCAAGAUGGGAAGAGCACAGAAGCCUCCUCGCUGCCGGAGCCACCCACGCAGUAGGGACGGCCGGAGCCAUCGCCGCAGGUGAAACCCUUAGGACAAGGGCCGCUGGGGCUGCCAGAGACAUGGGCGGCGCCCGAGGGGCUGUGGCCAUGAAUGAGGAAUUCCUAAGAAGUUACUUCACGGAGAAAGCAGCCUCCUAUGCCGAGGAAGACGACCUUCACAUGGCCAAAGACUGUCUUCUCGUUUACUCUCAGGAAGAGACGGACUCUCUUCGAGGCUCCAUCGGGUGCUGCAGUUUUAUUGAGGGAGAGCUUGAUGACCGGUUCUUAGACGACCUGGGGCUUAAGUUCAAGACACUAGCCGAAGUUUGCCUAGGUCGAAAGAUCGAUAUGGACAUGGACAUUGAGCAGAGGCAAAAGCCUGUGGGAGAAGCAAGUGUGAAGCCAGCUCUGGGCUCACACUACGAGCAAAUGACGCUCAACUCAGAGAGCACCUACUCCUCUCAGGCUGGCUUCCAAGUCCCCAAACCUCUGCACGAAGCACACGCAGAGAAAGUCACCCAGGAAGUUGUCACUGAGAGCUCUGUGUCUUCCAGGCAGAGUCAGAAGGUGGUGCCGCCGCCUCCUGACCCUGUGGCUUCUGGUAACAUCAUAGUGACAGAAACUUCCUACACCACAGGCCCCGCGGUGCCACCUAGCACUGUGAUCCUGGGUCCUAGACAGCCCCAGGGCCUUAUUGUGACAGAGAGGGUGUACGCCCCAGCGUCCACCUUGGUGGAUCAGCACUAUGCCAAUGAAGAAAAGGUCCUUGUCACUGAGCGGGUGAUCCAGCCAAAUGGGGGGAUCCCUAAACCCCUUGAGGCCACCCAGCAUCUGAAGGAUGCACAGUAUGUUAUGGUGAGGGAGAGAGAGAGCAUCCUUGCUCCCAGCUCAGGUAUGCAGCCCACCCUGGUGGUCCCCAGUGUGGCAGCAGGACAGAAUGUCACGGUGACAGAAAGAGUGCUGGCUCCUGCUUCCACACAGCAAUCCAGUUACCAGAUUCCCAGUGAAACCUCUAUCAAGGCUCGGAAGACCGUGUUUUCUAGUGUGGGAGGCCCGGGCCCUCUGAGCAAUAUAGAUUCAGAGGAAUCAGGUCAUUUCAAUUCUAGUGUAACCACAUCUUCCACCAGGAUCACCAAGCAUAGCACUGUCCAACAGUCUUACUCCUAAACAGCAGCUGGCUGCAGUCUGAUCGGGAGCUUAACUAGCUUUGCCCGGAUGUGUUGUCUCCAUGCCCCUAAAGUUAUAUGAGCCACACAAAGACUUACACUUUGAAAGAGGUCAUUGAUAUGCCAAGGGCCGCAUCAGGUAGGGCUGUAUUUCAGAAAUGCAUGUCUGUGAUAUUGGAGUGAAGAUGCUAGUUCCUAAGUGCCUUUGAGGGUACUGUGCAAGCAAUACUCACAAACUGCACAAGUAAAGUUUUCUCCUGAGAACUUGCCAAAUUAAAGCGUUGCUUUUAGUUCAUUGGGUGCAAAAGUAUGGGUCUCUGCACAAUGCAUUGAUUUGAGCAGGGACACUUCCACCCCUCGUAUUAUAAAACAAUGAGACACAUCUCCACUCUGGCCUUCCACGGCUGUUUCCGGUUCUCUUUAACCUUGGAACCCUGAGAAUCACAGGAGGCCAGAAUAAAGGAGGAAAAAUCAAUAGAGCCCUUUUUACCUGUGUGAAACUGAUGUGCUUUUAGAACACUGAGGGGAUAAGGAUGUAUGUGUGUAUUCCUCUGCACAUGACAUGUAUGCACACGUGUCCUAUGAGCUUUAAAAACUGACUUCAUAUUUCUCAGAGGACAUGAAAAUGGUGAGCAUUUCAAAUUCAGUUGAAUAGUCUGUGAUAGGUGUGGCAGUGCAUGCCUUUGGUCAUAGCACUCAGGAGGCAGGCAGAUCUCUGAGGGCUCAAGUCAGAGGUACAGGGUAUCCAGCGCCAUAUACAGAGACUCUGUAUUUCCAGGGUAAAAUUCAUAGUUGAUUUUUCUAUAAUGUAGUAAUAGUCUAUCAAGAAAAACAGUAUGUCUUUGUUUCUUAGCUACAAUUUAGUGCACUUAGGCACUGGACAGAUGGCUCAGUGGUUAAGAGCACAUCACUGCUCUCGCAGAGAACCCUACUUCAGCUUCUGAAGCCCAUGUCCUGCGGCCAACUCAGGGGAUCUGAUGCCCUCUAAUAGGCUCCCAAGACACUGCACUUGCAUUAUUCAGUAUGGAUGGUGACCAGCCAUAUUCUCCACGUGCCUUUCAUCCUCCGUGCCUUUCAUCCGCGCCAAGCCAGUAUCUGUGGCUCAGGAUAAGUUCCACACACCACCCUUUUAUUACAAUUAUCCAAAUAUCAAAAAGACUCAGUGUUUCCAUAAUGCUGAACUAUGACGAGUUUUACGACCUUGAUUUCAUGACUUGAUAAGCUUGAAGGUUUUGUUUUUUUUUUUUUUUUUUUAAUGAAAACCUUGGAUAACUGGCCCAGCUUCAUUUCACUCAGCUCCCUCACCCUGUUUCUUUAAGGGACUUUGGCUUGUGCAGAUUUCCAGUGCAGAGUAUGAUAUAAAUAAAAAUUGCUUCGAGAAACAACGCUUCAAAACCCACAUGCGUGUCGGUCAUAAUUGAUGUGCAUGUUUCUCACAAAAAAAUAAAAAUUGCUGAAAACAAUCAACUUCUCAAUAUUUUCCAGGAAAAUGAAGUUCUACACUUACACUUUUGUAGACACUUUAAAAUGUUGUUUACAUGAAUUGCAGUGUAAGAAGUUUCAUACCAUGCAUGCCACUAACCGUGAUGCAUGAAGUACUCUUACCCGUGGGCUGCUCUGUGGGGUGGAGGUCACCCUGUCUCUGCGUCUCUGCGAUCUAGAACUGUUUACUUUCUACAAAGCGAGCUUUGUGGGGAUUUAUUUUUUUAUUUUCAUUGUAGUUGAUAUGCAGUAGGAAUUACACUACUGUGUGAAGUUAUGGAUAUGGACUGUGUGCUCCGAGAACCAAAACUCAGUCUUGGAUUUCUUCUGUGGGCAGGUUUGGGGUCCCACUUCUCUUUUGUACAUGGUAUAGACACAUGCAUGGUGUUCCUUGUUCCUGAAAAGAUGGUUUGCAGUUGUUCCUUGGGAGGAUUGUAUUUGUGUGUGUGUUCCCAUGUAAAAUAUUUAAAUAAAGACGCCACCUUCCUUCAGAGUGA